AUGACGAUUUCGCUGAUUCUGCAUUGACACUGGGCGGACACAUUGUUUUACGUGUAAAGAAAGAAAAAAAACUCGAAUGAAAGUAAUUCUCAUAAAAACAAAACCAUGGAGGGACUGAGUGGGAGCUAUCCUGCCUCUCGUUGCAGUGAUUUUAUCUCGCACCCUGCACUGGGGCGCCACAACCUCUCGAAUCACCAGUGUGCAGUGUACCCGGAUAUCACGGCACAAGAUGCCGGCAGGCAAUGCCCUGCGCCCCAGACCUCAUCGGCCACACCACUGAGCUACGGAUACCCAUUUGGGAGUCCAUAUUAUGGAUGUCGUCUUUCGUACUCUCAACAGAAUCCAGAAAAAUACCUGGAACCAAGCGGCGUGCUACCAUCAGAAGAGCUUUCCAGUAGAUCCAAAGAAUUUGCUAUUUACUCAAGCUUUGCCGGAUCUUACAAGACUGUCUCCGGCUAUUUGGACGUCCCGCUUGUACCAGGAAUUAGCGCGCACCCAGAGUCACGGCAUGAAACUUUAUUUCCUAUGGACAGUUAUCAGCAGUGGGCACUGUCGAACAGCUGGGAUGAGCAACGAUAUUGUUCUAAGGAACAAACACAUUUUAACCACCUAUGGAAUUCACAAUGUUCGGAUGUGGUGCCACACCAGACCGAGAUUAAUGGGUAUCGUCGCGGUCGUAAGAAGAGGGUACCGUACACUAAAAUUCAAUUGAAGGAGCUGGAGAAAGAGUAUGCAGCCAGCAAGUUCAUCACCAAAGACAAAAGAAGACGUAUCUCCGCCACAACCAAUCUCUCCGAACGCCAGGUGACCAUCUGGUUCCAGAACCGCCGUGUCAAAGAAAAGAAGUUCGUGUGUAAAACAAAGCCAAGCAAAGUCAUGCAUGUUAUUUGA